AUGGAAUACGGGCAAGACGACCUCGAGGACGCAAUCGACCGCGCUAUAGAUGCUGACCCAGACAAUCAGUGGCAGUCGCCCACGGGACCUGAUCACGAGGACCCCCGACGGGACAACCAGGACCCUCCCAGGGGACGAACUACCACUCGAGACUAUCAACCCCCGACAUGGGAAGCAGUCAACCGCAUUGCGAGCGUCGACCGUGAACUCCUCACGCUUGUACAAUUGUCUAACACGGCACCUGCCGAAGGAGACAUGGGUGAUUACAUCCAGCCUUGCAGGUUCGCAUACCCUAACGAUUCGGCUAUGGGACGUUGGACGGACCCGCUGGACGACUUCCAUCAGAAAAGCCAGGCAGGAGAAACAUGGGACGACUUUUGGAGGAAACGUAGGAUCACCAUCGAGGGAGAAUCCAUGGCCAAAUGGGACCAGCUCCCCGACGACAUGGAAGCCUACAUGCCAGUGGCAGGGGACACCGCUCAACUCCAUCCCCUUCACUUUGCACACUACCGCGUCCCAUGGUUUCAGUGCGUCACCCACGGAUGCCACGAACACUACGGAAAGAAGAGGGACAACCGUUUCUGGCCUACCAGGAGAACGGACGCGCAAGGCCGCCCCAGGCCAGUCACCCGCACCUACAGCCGAGGCAGGGCUGAAGGAUCCCUCAUCAUCGACGAAUGGUUCGCAUUUGGACUUCGACCAUUCGGACCACAGGAAAACCCGCUAUUCCCACGGAGGCUGACCGUCCGACCACUCAAUGUAUACACUUGUACCGCAUGGGGAAACAACGACCCCCACUGGGGAUGGUGCCCGACGGCCGAUUGUCCAAUGCAUAUCAGACCGAAGGCCAGACACUACGAAUCACAACUCAACGAGCAUUUGAGGCAAGCCUAUUCGGACAACAAUACCGAGGACGAAAAAGCCAUUCAUCUGGCUUGGUUGCAGGAACGUAGUCUGCUGGACAGCUACGAGACCGAGGUGGAGGACGCUCCCCACGACUACAGCCAGGAAUUGGGAAACGGCUUCGGGCCUUCAGGGAGGCCCGACGAAAAUUAA